UCGCGCUUUGUAUUUGAUUCGUCUCUGUGAGGGGCAGGGUUGAGCGUUGAUUAGUUUGACAUUGGAAUGAUGCAGACAUAAAGGGGGGAGGUUGGCAACUUAGCAUGGCUCGUGUGCGUGAAAGCAAGACUUAAACGCGAAUCGCGGUUGUUGAGAUGACCUUACGCUUGUGAUUUGUAUUUGAAUCGGCUCCGCGAGGGGCAGGGUUGAGCGUUAAUCAGUUUGACUUUGAUCGAUUGGUUCUUCUUCUUAACUUCUACUGAGCAUUACACAACGAGUAGUUCGCAACAUUGCAGAUGAGGUGAGACAUCAUCUCCUGAGGGUAGGUAGGGGAGUAGGGUUCAUGAGACAGCCUCUCUGUUUGUCGCGUCUUCUUUCGACUCCACGAGUAAGGGUACGAUUCUCAGCGUUUCUGAACAUUCUUCCAGCUACACAAUCGCGCUUCGUGACUCGGGGCUGGGCACUUCUAUCCACAAGGCUCCGGGGCGGUUCGUUCACGGCUCCGGAACACGUCAUUGAAUGCUAUGGAUUCACAUAAUAGGAUUCAUCGGACAGUAACGUAGUAGGUGUGUAGCGUCUUCUCGGGGAUGGAUUCCGCAAAUGAGUCUUACACUUUUCGUUUGUCGAACGUUCUUCCAUCAUUCAAUGCUGGACACGCCAUUCAUAAAGGCGGUGAUACGACCUUAUUAACACUGUAAAAAAGCAGAUCGGGUUUCCGUUUUCGUCGAUUUGAAAGAAUCGAAACGUUCCGAGUCCCUUGAUUGCACAUUCUCAGUGGAAUCGCGCAGUCAUGCAGCACCGCCAGGCGGUCCCGCGGUACGCAGUGCUUCGGGUGGAUGCAUCGUGAAGGGCAGUCGCAAUCGCAGAUUUGCGUCACAGGCCUCGUCUUGCAAACAUAUUGGGAUCGAUGAUGGCGGCGGUUGUUGCGACUUGAAUUGCCACAGAGUGGGUCGACUGCUGUGCACAAAUAUAUCGUCGAACAGAAUUGGCCGGUAAACCGUAGGCAGAGCGGGAAGAGGACAACAAAGGGAGGGGCUGUGACAGAGAGAGUUGUUAUAUGACUCCUCGGGAGUUUAUAUGACGAACUCGGAAUGAGACGUUUAUCGAGUGUUUCAGAUACCAGAGCAUCAUUCCGCACUGUUGAAGGCGCAACACACUAUUGCCUCCCACCUUCUCUCUUCUGUUGUUGCCCUCAAUGAGCACUCUCCAGCAUUGGGAGCCAGGAUCAGGAAAGACAGGAGCUGAUUUUGCUGUGCCACGUGCCAAACGGUAGAUCCCCAUCUAAAGCUCUGAGCGGAACGACAAGCCAAGAUGGCGACAUCCCCGCCGAUGCAAACGGUGGACGGGAAAUUGGAGGCAUCCUGCAAGGAUGUGAACGAGCCCUCGUCCUCGAGCCCUGCUCUUCAGAAACAAAAGCAAGGUCGGAAAUUCUGCACAUCGGUCACUUGGACUUGCAGGCAAUGCCAGAAGCAAUGUGUGUCCGUCCUCGCGGAAUCACGAUGCAUGUGCGGGCAUCGCUUCAAGGACCAUGGGAAGAACAAUGUUCUUCCGGUGGCUCCUCGGAAAUCGUCAGCACCCCAGCAUACAAUUUCUGGAAAGGGUAAUAUUGUCGGUGGCGGUGGCGGCGGCGGCGGCGGCAGUCAGAGCUCACCUGCACCGUCAAUGCCACCCUUGCCUGGUGCGAGCGCGUCGAUCGCGUCCUCGUCUGCUGCAAGUGCAUCGACAGGAAGUGAACCUUCUCCUCCUCCUGUGCUCAAGUGCUCCGUCGCCAAGUGUCAGUGCCCCUCAUUCUUCUUUAUCGUUGGCCAAGGCGCAUGGAUUCUCCGAUGCCGAUGUAAACAUAAGCACACCGAGCAUGACCCAGUCUCGCAUGCGUGCAGGCGGCCAAAGUGCCAAUGUGCCCGAUUUGACAGCCCCUGGGUCUGCAAUUGCGACCAUUCCUGGUCCGAGCACCAUCAAGAGAUCGGGAUAAAGCCGAUGGCGAAUGUAUGGGAACUGAUGGGCAUUGUAAGCGAGCUGAAUGACAUCGAUAGUAUAAAGAGAGGCGAGGACCUCCCUGUGCGAUCGACUUGAAAAGCACGGGAAGUCCUUCCGUGGGCAGAUGAUGUCGAUGAUUGAGAUCAAUAACACAGAAGGAGGGGGGGGACGGGCCGGGGGAAGCAAGCUUUCUGUGGCAGAAGAGUGGAAGGAUAUGCCAACGAGCACGAUCAACCGACCGGAGCGAAGCAGAUCACAUCUGUAUGACGGGAACUGAUGGGCGUCACGACCGAGCCGAGUAACAUUAAUAGUCUAAAGAGAGGUGACGAGCUUCUUGUAGAAUACUCUUUGAAAUGGGCCUCGUCAAAGGGAAGUUGCACGCAGACAAAUGAUGCCCAUAAUUCCCCAUCAACGCUGAAGAAUGGAAGCAUGCCUGCUCCCUCUGCGAUGGGCAGUGCACACAGAAGUGACAUGAAUGGAAUGGCGGAGUGUGUCCUCAGCAUUGGGAGCUCAUGUAGGCAUACACGUUACAGAGUCGAUAUUUUUUUGAGAACGGGGCAACUUCAUUUUUUUUCUUGGAGCUCGUUGAUGCAACGCACCCAGAGAAGGAUGAUGGCGGAAGGGCAUUGAUUUCGUUAGGAAUGCUUUGGAAAAUAUAUAGAGUGAGAAACACAGCGGCUCACGGUUCUGCUGGCACGCAGC